CUGGUGGCUCCCCGCCCACCGCUGCUCUCUGCUGCCUGCCUGACUGCCUGGCUGCUGGGCGGACUGGGGCAGAUCCGAGCCGACCAGUUCCGUGUUCUCUCCUCACCCAGUACGCGGAGAAGACUGAACGGGAGGACCUGGCAGUGUCAUGGUGGACAUUCCUGCCCAGCCGCGGCAUCCAUAACUCCGGGGGCAGGGGGGAAAGUGUGCACGGAGGUAACUUCAGUUUGAGGUCAAAAGGUCACCAGACAAUCUCGUGUCAUCGUGUGCCACUGGACGAAUGAAGGCGUCAACAGCAGCGUCGCCAUCAUGAUGAAUGAGCAGACUGGGGCGAGGACGACUCCACGGAAGUCUUUGGCCUCGCUGUUGUCAGCUGACCUUUGACCCCUCGUGGAUUAAAAAUGGCACAGUGGCUGAGACGGGGAGGGAAGCGAGAUAUCCUACUCUCCUGGAAUUUGGGGAAUUUAACAAACGUGUUUGUUUGAAACAGGAUUACACUGACUGGACCAGCCUGGUGGACUUUUUUAAUGUCAAUGGGACUAACAUGUUUCAAUGAAGAUGGAUUAAGAUCUGAGUGGGAGAUGUUCCUAAAGAAAAUCUAAUUACAAAACUGAAUUUGAGUUAAGGAUGGAGCAGGAUUUUACACAGUAGGAUCCCUUAUCUGUCCUAUAACUUGUGCAUAGUGAACACUUGUAUGCACUAGCCUGGACUAACAUUAGCCAGUGUUGGUGAGGAUUCCAACCCUUUACACCCACUUUAACCUUAAACAACAAUACUUCUUAAACUCUAGCAGGCGAUAUUAGCCUGUGACGGUAAUCUCUUCCAUUCCUCAUUGUGUGAAUGGACGUCUGACUCUUCUAAAGCUAGAAGGCGACUUUUCCCUUCAGCUCCAAACUGCAACUGGUCCAGUAGCAUCACUAAAGAACUCCAAACAUGGCUGCUACAGGAAGGAAGCACCUGGUCAAAGACUUCAACCAUUUCAUCACCUGUUACCUGUGUCGAGGUUACCUGAUUAAACCGACCACGGUCACUGAGUGCCUGCACACCUUCUGUAAGAGCUGUAUUGUGCAGCACUUUGAGGACAGUAACGACUGUCCAAAAUGUGGCAUUCAGGUCCACGAGACCAACCCACUGGAGAUGCUCAGGUUGGACAACACCCUGGAGGAGAUCAUUUUCAAGCUGGUGCCCGGACUCAGAGAAAAAGAGGAACAGCAGGAAGUCGAAUUCUGGAAGAAGAACCAACCCAGAGAAAAUGGCCAAGCAGAAACCAUGAGGUGUCAGAGGCUCGGGCUGCCUGCAGAUGUUGGAGGCGAUUAUGGUGGUGGAGGUGGUGAUGGUGGUGGUGAUGACGGUGACGAUGGUGGAGAUGAAGAUUACCACAGGAGUGACCCUCAGAUAGCCAUCUGCCUUGACUGCCUGCGCAACACGGGACAGUCGGGGGAGAGCACUGUAACGGAUUUGAUGAAGAGGUUCAUCCGCUGCUCCAGUCGAGUCACAGUGGGAACAAUUAAGAAGUUUCUCAGUCUUAAACUAAAGCUGCCUAGCUCUUAUGAGCUGGAUGUGCUGUGUAACGGAGAGAUCAUGGGGAGAGAUCACACUCUGGAGUUCAUCUACAUGACCCGAUGGAGGCUACAUGGAGAGAAUACGUAUCCCAUGGUUCUUGAGUACCGGCCACGUAUCGACUUUGGAUAAACCAAGGCUGUGAGAAGAGGACCACAUACAUAAACACACAGACAUGUGCAGACAUAAGUGUAGAAAUCAUUAUAGAGAACACCUACAGUUGCACGUGGACAAACACAUACACACACAAUGUGCAGAGAAAGAGAGAGAUUUAAAUGUAUUUUUGUACAGCCAACGAUGAAGUGCAUACGUUGUCAUGGUAAAGAGGUUUUAUGCUACAUAGAAUAAUAUAUGCUAUAAUAUAUGAUAUUUUUAAAUGUAUAUGUCCCUGUGCCUAAAAACCUGUUGAGAUCAGAAAUGAAGUACGAGCAUAUCUUCACUUUGCCUGUCUAACUCUGUAGAUUAAAUGUUGAUUUUCUACUGUU